CGCGCGCACGCACUUUUUGGUGAUCUAGUCUCUGUUCCUCUCAGUCAGGUGCAGGAACUUAAACCCGACCUGCUUCUCCUUGCUGAGAUUUUACACCGUGCUUCAACCUGUCGGAAUGUCUGUGUCCCACUAAACUCGCUCAAGUCGCGCUAUUUUGCAGAUCUGAAUAGGGAGAGAUGGAGAACGGAGGAUCUGAAAACAUCCUGGAAGAAGAGGAGGCACUGUGGGAGGAUGUCGAGAAGAACCGGUACAUCCUGUGCCGUUACAUUAACCCUAACAAGCUGACCUCAUAUCUGAGGCAGUGCAAGGUCAUUGAUGAACAGGACGAGGAUGAGGUGCUAACCUCUGUACUGUUGCAGACAAAGCCCAAUCGUGCAGGUCGACUGCUGGACAUUCUUCACUCUAAAGGUGAACGAGGCUAUCGGGUAUUCCUGGAAAGUCUGGAGUUAUACUACCCUGACCUGUACAAGAUGGUCACAGGCAAAGAACCCACUCGGAGGUGCUCUUCUAUCAUCGUAGAGGAGGGCCCGGAGGGCCUGACCCAGUUCCUAAUGAAUGAAGUCAUGAAGCUGCAACAACAGGCGAAGGCCAGAGAUGUGCAGCGUGUAGACAUCAUGGCCAAGUGCCGCACGCUGGAGGACGAACAGAAGAAGCUUCGGCUGGCCAAUCAGGAGCUGCGCACCUUCCAGGAACGCUACAACAAGAUAAAGGAGGAGCGGAACAACUGCAACGACGAGCUCAUUAAAGUGAAAGAUGACAAUUACCAGCUGGCCAUGCGCUACGCUCAGCUCAGCGAAGAGAAGAACAUGGCCGUCAUGAGGAGUCGAGACCUGCAGCUAGAGAUUGACCAACUGAAGCACAAACUGAACAAGUUGGAGGAGGAAUGCAAAAUGGAGAGGAAACAGUCUCUGAAACUAAAGAACGAUAUAGAAAACCGUCCACGCAAAGAGCAGAUCUAUGAGCUGGAGCGCGAAAACGAAGUCCUGAAGAUCAAACUUCAGGAGCUUCAGUCACUCAUACAGCCUGGGCCACUAACAGACUCAGACAAGGCUCUCAGGGACAUUCUGGAACAUGACCGCCAGGAAGCUCUGGAGGAUCGUCAGGAGCUGGUGAAUAGACUUUAUAACCUGCAUGAAGAAUUGCGCCAAGCUGAAGAACUCAGGGAUAAGUACCUUGAGGAGAAGGAGGACCUUGAGCUGAAGUGUUCUACUCUGGUCAAAGAUUGCGAGAUGUAUAAGAACCGUAUAAACACCAUCAUGUUCCAGCUGGAGGAAGUGGAACGUGAGCGGGACCAGGCUUUUCGAGCUCGAGACGAAGCCCAGAACCAGGUGUCUCAGUGUCUGAUUGACAAAGACAAGUACCGUAAGCAGAUCCGGGAGCUGGAGGAGAGGAGCGAUGAGCUCCACAUCGAGAUAAUGCGUAAAGAAGCUAGGAUUGUCACAUUAGAGUCAAGAAUAAGGCGCCUCUCCAAAGACCAAUGCCUGGAUCUUACCCAGAGUUUACCUCGAGAUAUACCAAUGACCAAGCUUCUGCUCAGUGAACCUGUAGACAACAAGAUGGAAGGGCCAUCUGAGGACUCUGGUGAGGAGACAUCAGAGGACUUCUUUUCCCCACCAAUCACUGAUGUCCAAACAAAGAUUAAACGGCGACCAAAUCUCAAAGGGUUCCCCUACCCUCCUCAGACAAGAGCAAAAUCGCCAAUCUCACCACCCAAAUUGUUGGACUUCCAAGCUAUGCAUCACACCAAUGGGGAGAUCUCGGAUGCCGUAAGCCCAGAUGCUCACCCCAUGAUGGUAAACCCACUUUUUGGCACACAAGCUCGUAGCAGAAACCACAGCAUCAUGUCCACAACAGCUGAGCCUCCAGAGAAGGCCUCCAUCCUCAGGAGGACUAAAGAAGGAGACCACGAAUUUCUGCCACGAUGCCUUGACACAGUUGACUCUGAUGGAGACGGUGUAGACAUAGAUGAUGGAGAUACAUACGGCCCACCCUCCAUCCACUCUUCGUCAUCCUCCCAUCAGUCAGAGGGUAUGGACUCUUACGAUCUGGAGCAGGUCAACAACAUCUUCAGAAAAUUUUCACUAGAGAGACCAUUUCGUCCAUCUCUAACAUCGUGUGCUCGUCCUACCACUUUGCCCCCAGUGCAGGAGCUUUCUCUCAUAGGAGACUCUCUCCUGGAAGACAUUACUCUGGUGGGAGGCAACGACAGUGGCAUAUUCGUUUCCUCUGUUAUUCCUGGUUCCAAUGCUGAAAUGGCUGGCUUAAGAAUGGGACAUCACCUCUUAUGGUUAAACGGCUGUAUCCGGGGAGAAAGCCAGAGCGUAUCUUUGGAUACAUGCACUCAGGAAGAGGCUCACUGGACACUCCAGAGGUGCACUGGCCCUGUCCAGCUUCAUUACAGAAGUAACUUUGAGGGUUAUCGGCGUCUGCAGAAGGACAUAGAGGAGGGCCGAGCAGUGUCAGGCGACUCUUUCUAUAUCCGAGCCAACCUGAACAUCUCGGGCCAGUCAGACAGCUGCUCACUGAGCGUACAUUGUGACGAGGUGCUCCACGUUUUGGAUACACGGUACCAUGGCAAGUGCGAGUGGCUGUGUGCACGUGUAGACCCGUAUACUGACAAGGACCUGGAUAAAGGCACCAUCCCCAGCUACAGCAGGGCCCAGCAGCUCCUCCUGGUGAAGAUCCAGAAGCUGAUGUGUCGUGGCAGCCGAGAAGAGACAGAUAGUCUGAGGGGACUCAGGAAUACGUUGCAGCCUGAGGAAUCUGCUCUGUCGGACCCUAAGAGCAGUCCACGCCUGUCCAGAGCCAGCAUCUUCAUCUGUCAGAUCCUGCAGUUUGUCAGCAGGGCAGAUAACAAGUACAAGAGGAUGGACAGCAACGAUCGCGUACGCAUCCUCAACGCCGGCAAUCUGUCAUAUCUUCCCAAACCAGGCUUUGAAACCAUGAAGCCUGAGGAUUCAUCAGACUCAGAGAAUGAUCUGAACAAGAGCGAUCUAAGCCUGAUCCCGUACAGUCCGGUGACGCCACAUCACUGCCCUCGCAAACGACCCGUGCUCUUCUCUCCCAACAUCCUGGCCAAAACCAUCAUCCAGAAGUUCCUCAACUCAGGAGGAGCAAUGGAGUUCAACAUCUGCAAGCCAGACAUCCUGACGAAAGAAGAGUUCCUCAUGAAGCAGAAGAUAGAGCCUAUCAUCUUUUCAAAGGAAAGGCAGGCGAGCACGUACGAGUGCAUCACCCCCGAGAACAUCGAAGCCGUUGCCUUUAAGAGUAAACACUGUCUCCUGGAAGCAGAUCUGAGCUGCGCUAAAGAAUUGCUCAGGAGAGAAAUCUACCCCAUCGUUAUCUUCAUCAAAAUCUGUGAGAGGAACAUCAAGAAAUUAAAGAGGCUGCCGUUGAAGGUGGACUCGGAGGAGGAUUUCCUCAAGAUGUGUCGCGCUAAGGAGAAAGAGCUGGAAGCCUUGCCAUGUCUCUAUGCCACCGUGGAGCCUGACUCAUGGAGCGGAGUGGAAGAUCUCCUCAGGCUCAUUAAGGACAAGAUCUUGGAGGAGCAGAGGAAAACCGUUUGGGUGGAGCAGGACCUGCUGUAGAACACCUGACCGUGAGAACAGAAUGAGAGCCACAGAUGCCGACAGAAAGACACACAGUGACAGCGUAGGUUACACUGAUCUCUGACACUCUGUCAGAGUUUGUGGUGCAGCUGGAAUGUAUUCGCAAAGCCACUGCAAUGCAAAGAGGAAGUGAUGCAGAGGUAUGUGGUUCCUGUGCAGUGAUAAAAGAAAACGCGCCUAGAAGGAUGGCCUUUUCUGAUAACAGUCAGCCAGAGAUGGAAGCAGCCUCUUUUCACCGUACAUCAUUCAUCCUCCAAAUGUGCUGCUGUGGUCAAUAAAACAUUAUUUUGCUCACGUUCUAUGUAUAAUACCCAAUAAGGCACGGUCCACUGCGUUUCCUUGGAUUCCCUCCACUACCCCUUUCCCUCGCAAAUGUUCGUUGCAGUUCUCAUUUAUCAUACUGAGUGACCACAAACAAGAUGAAUGUUGAUAAUCCAAAAAACGAAUUCGAUGCCCUUAUCAUUGCGUCGCUUAAAUGAUAGACCAGCGCUCUGAUUUAUUUCACUCCAUCUUCGUGUUGUCGGUUUAUUUAUUUUAUAGCCAACAUGCACUGUGUUUUUUUAUUAUUAUUUUUUAAACCGAAAGGCUGCGUCGUUCCCUCUUCUGUAGUGUGCACAGAAGAUGUGUAGGUGGAUGACUUCUCUUUGCUUGUUAUAGGAUCUAUGCAUACUGUAGGUGUAUGUGUAUGCUGUAUAGUGAAUUGGGCAUCGAAAAAAAAGCAUGCAGCAUUAAGUUGACCGAACAAUUGUCUCAGUGGUAUGAAUAUUAUGAUGUUUCUUUUAGAGGUCAAACUUUUAGCUCUAAAACACUUUAACAAGUUAUUUGUAGGAAAAAGGAAAAUGGAAGAAACCAAAAAGUUUUUGGACUGUUUGCCUCGGAAGGCCGAACGUUCUCACUACGGUGAAUAAAAGGGGUGUUGCACUGUUGGACCAAGCUUUCAUAUUAGUCAAACUUGUGCAUAAUUGUGUAAUUGCAUAAUAAUGAAGUGUCGCUACCAAUUAUGUUGAUGGCAAGACACUACAGGUACUUACAUCAAUUACGGAUACAUCUAAAACAUGUUUUCUCUUAAACUGUAGCCUUAGAAAUAUCAAAAAUGUAUCCAUAUUGUUCAAAAUGAGCAAAAUAAAGAGAAAGCUUAAGCUUGUUUCGUGUAAUAAGUCAGUUAAUGUGCCGUUAUAACAUACGUCUAAGAUUUUCUUUUAUAAACCGUUUAUAAAAGCUCUAAACCGUUACAAAAAAACCCUUUCUAAACAUCAUUUGGAGAUUUUGUACAGUCAGCCAACUCUUUUGUUAUAUUUUUCUUUUUUUUUUUUUACGUGAUGUUUAUAUCUUCCCCUCAUUUUUGAAGGAAUAAAGAAAGGAAAUUCCCCAAAAUGCACACUGCUGUUGGAAUGGUGUACAAAAUUAUGCCAUUUGAAGGCAUUUUAUUUUCUUGUUGAAACAGUAAGGAAAUGAUUUUCCAAGUCUCACGCUUAAGAGCAUCUUCACAGUGAAAUUUAAAUCCUAACAGCAUCAAAAAGCUCGAUUUAUGUUUUAUCAAACAUGCAAAUGUAUGCAUAUUUAAUUAUGCAAAAGCUCACUUGCAUAAAUUGAUGUACUUUUUUCAUUACACAAAUAUACUGGGAAGCAAUCAGCUGGCAAAUGCUGAAUGCGAUAUCUAUUGUUUUUUUUUUUUGUUGGUUUUGUUUUUGCCUGUAGUGUCUUGCCUUUACAUAAAUGUUUUUGUGUUUCAACUAUAUUUAUUACAAGUACAGUCAAAAUGUUCAGUUUAAUACAGUAGCAACUGUUUGUAUAAACCGAUUGUAUUAAUUUUUUUCGUUUGUUUUCCGGUCUCCUUGAGCAGCGUAUAACUGUACGUUUUGUUGUACAUUAAACGUGUUUUGAAAGCCCUAUUUCCUGUAAUGCCACUGGAGCUGUUGCUUUCUCAACAAGUCUAGUGCUUGUUUCAGCCUGUUUCCUCACUAAUUCCUCUGAAGCUUUGCCAAUUUCCACUUUUGCAAACUAUAAACAGAUUGAAACGAGGCAUUUAAAAAAAAAACAGACAAGAAAUCCUUAAACCUGUCACGAGUCAAGCAGUGGAAAUUUCAGUUGAUUGGUGUCUGCGAUUGACAGGUCUGUACCAUGUGUGGUGGCGGUGGUUCCUCUCAGAGCAGCGUCACUGAAGACGACAGCUCUUACGGUAAAACUUGAGUUUCCACUGCGACUGGAAAUAUCACUCUGUAAACACUCCUGGAUCUCCUGAUUUACAAAAACACACAGGCACGCACUUGAGACUUGUCAUCUUUUCUCCUGGUUUUACACUGAAAAUGAUUCAUGAGUGUGUUCGAGUGCUUUGACUCGCUGGUGCCUGGUAAUGUGUACCUGAGAGAGAAAGUAAACGAAUCAUCCUGUGUCGC